AUGCUUCCACUCAAUGUCUUGUUGGCGACUUUGGCCCUGGUGGCCUCUGUCAGCGCCAGGGUUAUCUCCCAGCCAACUGAGUACUCUCAGAGCUGGGAUUUCUCCUUGGGUCCACUCACUAUCGAAGAAGGUGCCUACCUCAGAAUCAACAACAACACCCUCACCACCAUUGGAGGAAACCUCGACAACAGUGGUGGCUUCUUCAUCUCUUCCAGCGACACGUUCCAGUCAGCUGUUGAUAUCACUUCUGGAAAAAUUUCAAACUCAGGUGAUCUUGCUUUUAAAGCAGAGAACCCAAACUUUGCCUCCAGAUAUAUUCUCAACAGUGUCGCAAGCUUCGAGAACACCGGUAACAUGUGGUUCCAGAUAUCCCAGGCAACAACCACUUCGCCUUUCACGGUGACGUCAAUGGCCAGCUGGACUAACUCCGGCUUGAUGUCCUUUAGCCAGGCUGAUGGAUCCCCAUCUCGUGUGAGAUUGAACCAGGCUGCUGGAAGCAGCGGCUUCAACGUUAUCGAGAACACGGGUAACAUCUGUCUUGAGGGCACUGAGUGGGUCCAAUCUUCGAGCGUUCGUGGUGAUGGUUGUGUCAACGCUCUCACCCGUGGUGAGAUCAAGUUGCAAACUGCUGUUGGUGACACCAUCUACAACUUUGCCAGCGAGCAGGCCAUUUGGUUGGAGGACAACACUUCAAGAUUGUCAGUGGUUGGUUUGUCUGCCGGUAACAACAAUCACCGCAACAAUGACAAGGGCAAGAGGAACAAGAACAAGCGCGGCAGUGGCGGCGCUAACCCUAACAAUGUUCCAGUUAUUGACGUUUACGGUUUUGGUAAUGCCAACAUCAUCAGUGUGAACUUGGGCUUCACUGGAUACAAUUAUGAAUCUUCCACUGGUCUUUUGAGAUUGUACUUCAACACUCACUUUGGUAUUACCUUUGACAUCGGACCUGGUUACACAACUUUCAACACCAACUCGAAUGUUGGAACUGCAACUGAGAUCUGGGCCAACUACCCACCACCAAAUGGUAAACCAGACAGAUGUAGCUGCAGAGAGAUGCCAGAAUUCCCCAACGGAGGUGGCGACUCGGAGGAGCCCUCAGAAAACUCCAGCGAGGUAACUGAGACAUCUGAGACAAACCCUGGACCAACUGAGACCACCGAAUCUGCUACUAGUACUACGGAUUCCGAGACCGUGACUGAACCUAAUGACACUGACACCGGUUCUUCCACUACCGAGGAGUCUUCUUCAAGCAGUGAUGUUGCUUCAUCAACUGGAGAUGGCUCUCUGUCCGGUUCAUCCUCAGCGUCGUCUAGCAGCGGUAGCAGCAGUUCUACCGAUGAGCCAUCCAAGCCAACUGAGGAUUGCCCAGACGAAGAUGAGGACGACAAGGAUGACGAAGAUGACAAAGACGAUGACAAGCCACCAAAGGAGGACGACAAGGAAGAUGACUGCCCCGAAGACGACGAUGACAAGAAGCCACCUAAGGAGGACGACAAGGACGACAAAGAGGAUGACUGCCCCGAGGACGACAAGCCAAAGCCACCUAAGGACGAUGGUAAGAAACCUCCAAAGGAUGAGGAAGAUUGCCCUGAGGACGACAAGCCCAAGCCUCCAAAGGACGAUGACAAGAAGCCACCCAAGGACGACGACAAGAAACCUCCAAAGGACGACGACAAGAAACCUCCAAAGGAUGAUGACAAGAAACCACCAAAGGACGACAAGCCCAAGCCUCCAAAGGACGACGAUGAGAAACCACCAAAGGACGACGACAAGAAACCUCCAAAGGACGACGACGAGAAACCUCCAAAGGAUGAUGACAAGAAGCGUCCUACUAAGACUGCUCCUGAUUCAACUGCUCCUAAGUCCACUGCACCCGAAUCCACUGCACCAAAGUCCACUGGCCCUGUUCGUGUCACCCCUAGUACCACAGCUCCAGUCAGAACCACUCCUUUUACAACUGCUCCAAAGACUACAGCUCCUAAGCCAACUGAACCUACCGUUACUUCAUACGAAGGUGCUGGUGUGAAGGCUUCUGUCGGUAUUCCAACAGUCUUUGCUGUGGUUGCCGGUUUGCUCGCUUUGUAA